AUGAAGAGCUUUGAAGUGAAGCCAAGAAGCAUAGUGACAGUGACACCAAAGCCAAGCACCAAAGUGCAACUACGGAGAAGCAAAAGUUAUUACUUAAGAUUCACCUUCGGUGAUAUCAUGCUUCAUCCGUUCAGUGAUCGAGAUGCAGUCCCUGACUAUAAGCUUUGUUUUGAGCUGACAACUUGGAGAAAGACAAGAAACAUGAUGGAGUUUAUACUUGUUGACGAUUCCUUUACAAUUCUUUAUGCUAUCAAACAAAACCAACAUAGAAAGAAACGUAUAUUAGAAUUGGGAUUUUGGGUUGUUUUCUUCAUCGUCAAAAUUGAAUCCAAGUGUAGCAAUGGUUGUGAUCUUGCCUUGGCAUCAUAUUAUGUUGCACAAGGAUCAAAUCUCACUUACAUAAGCAAAAUUUUCUCUCAAACAAUCCCCGAAAUCCUUAGAUACAAUCCACAAAUCCCGGGAGGCGAUAGCAUAGAAACUGGGGCCCGAAUUAACGUCCCGUUUUCGUGUCUAUGCUUAAAUGAUGAUUUUUUAGGCCAUACUUUCAAAUACGAAACUCAAGUUGGUGAUACUUAUGGUAAAAUUGCUAGUGAAGUUUUUGCUAAUCUUACGGAUGAGUAUUGGGUCCAACGAGUGAAUUGGUUUGAAGCCGAAAAGAUACCGGACUUUGUUGAUAUUAAUGUUACAGUGAAUUGUACAUGUGGCAACAAACACGUGUCAAAGGAUUACGGGUUGUUUGCAACAUACCCGCUUCGACCCGAUGAAGAUUUGGAGUCUAUAAGUAUAGAAUCAAGUGUCCCGACGACGUUGUUGGAGCGGUUCAACCCAAGAUCCAAUUUUAGUGCCGGGUUGGGACUAGUGUUUGUGCCGGCCAAAGGUUAG